AAAUCCGACUCUACGAGACUGAUUAUCUGCUGUUCUUAAGGUUUGGGUCAUGGUGAGAUGUUCACUGGCUGGAGCAGCUGAAAGUGCGUGCUCACUUGGCAGGAUGCCUCUUUACCUGAUGUGUUUUCUCUGUCCUGCUCUCCUCUCUCGCUAUUUCACUUUCUUCACUGCCCAUUUUUCUUCAGAACUUUAAACAGCACGUCGCCUUUCUUCCUGGCUCGUCUGUCUGUAUGGAAGUCUGGAGGCGGUGUUUUUGAACAUCUUUCAGCCUGGCUACUCUCUGUGGGAGUCCUCUGACUUGAAGGGCUUUGUUGUCCAAUUCAUUAGAGAGAUUCCUGAGUCCACUGGCCACGCUGGAGCCCUCUCAUUUCUGGCUGCUGAAUAGAAUGGCCGCUGAUGACCGGCACCUACCUUCCAGUUGUGGGUCCUACAUCAAGACGGAGCCAUCCAGUCCCUCCUCGGUCAUCGACACGGUCAGCCACCACAGCCCCAGCGGCAACUCAGACGCCAGUGGCGGCUAUGUUAGCACUAUGAACAGCCACUCCAACGGCCUGGACUCUCCACCUAUGUUCACCCCCAGCGGGCUCGGGGCCGUUACCUGCCGCAAACGCUACGAUGACUGCUCCAGCACCAUCAUGGAGGACUCGUCCAUAAAGUGCGAAUACAUGUUGAACUCCCUCCCCAAGAGGCUGUGCCUGGUCUGUGGAGAUAUAGCCUCGGGGUAUCACUAUGGGGUGGCCUCUUGUGAGGCCUGCAAAGCCUUUUUUAAAAGGACAAUACAAGGUAACAUAGAAUACAGCUGUCCUGCCACAAAUGAGUGUGAGAUCACAAAGCGGAGACGCAAAUCAUGUCAGGCUUGUCGCUUCAUGAAAUGCCUCAAAGUGGGGAUGCUCAAAGAAGGUAAGAAGAGGGUGCGUCUGGACCGCGUGCGAGGUGGCAGACAGAAAUACAAGCGGAGGUUGGACAACGAUAACAACCCGUACCUUGGCCUGACGCUCCCUCCUCCCACCAAAAAGCCCCUCACAAAGAUAGUGUCUCACCUGUUGGUGGCAGAGCCAGAGAAGAUCUAUGCUAUGCCUGACCCCACCAUGCCGGAGAGCGACAUCAAGGCUCUGACCACGCUGUGCGACUUGGCUGACCGUGAGCUUGUGGUCAUCAUCGGCUGGGCCAAGCACAUCCCAGGCUUUUCCUCCCUCUCUCUGGGAGAUCAGAUGAGUUUACUGCAGAGCGCCUGGAUGGAGAUCCUCAUCCUCAGCAUUGUGUUCCGCUCGCUGCCAUACGAGGACGAGCUGGUGUACGCCGAGGACUACAUAAUGGACGAGGAGCACUCGCGGCUGACGGGCCUGCUCGACCUCUACGUCUCCAUCCUGCAGCUGGUCCGCAAAUAUAAGAAGCUCAAAGUGGAGAAGGAAGAGUUUGUCACCCUCAAGGCCAUCGCUCUCGCUAACUCAGACUCCAUGCACAUAGAGGACAUGGAGGCGGUCCAGAAGCUUCAGGACGCUCUGCACGAGGCCCUGCAGGACUACGAGAGCAGCCAGCACCAGGAGGACCCGCGGCGGGCGGGCAAGCUGCUCAUGACCCUGCCUCUGCUGCGGCAGACGGCCACCAAGGCUGUGCAGCACUUUUACAGCAUCAAGGUGCAGGGAAAGGUGCCCAUGCACAAACUCUUCCUGGAGAUGCUGGAGGCCAAGGUCUGAUCGGAGGGUGGCUGAUUGGCCACGGCAACGGCGGAGGGCUGCAUUAGCGAUACAGAAAGUGACUUGAACCGAGGCUGAGGGCCCUCAGGAGGAGACCCCCCACUGACUGUGCUAGGCAGGAGAGAGACUGACCUCUCUCGCUCCUUCUCCUGGAACCCUGGGACACUAAAUAAAAAAAGAACAAAUUCAAAACUUGGUUAUUAGUAUAAAUAUAAAAUGCAGAUUAAUUUAAAAUAUAUAAGAAAUACUAUGUACAGUAAUAAUUUUGUUUUUUGUUAAUUGUCAGUGGUCAUGCUGUAUAUGAAGAAGGACCCUUCUGCGCCUCAGCAUCUUCAGAAUAAGUAGUUGCCAGUUCUUGAUAACAAGAUAAAGAGGUUUCUUCUUCUCGACGAACGAAAAAGUUCCUUAAAUUAGUUCUGAAGACAGCAGAGGUGUCAACAACCAUGAACUGACUCACAGUCUCACAGUUGUUGUUUUUUCCUGAACUUGACCAGGACAUGUAUAUAUUUAUUAAUGGAAGACUGAGUGUACAGUUCAAAGUCUGGUGAACUUGGUGGCCAUUUUCUCUUGUUCUCCUCCUGGUAAAAAAAAAAAAAAAAAAUGAACUAAAAUUGUUACCUAAAUGUGAACUCUUUAUCAGUUUAAAUGUCCUUGGAUAUACCUCUCCGGAGCAGUAAGCCGUGUGCUCUUUGUGGAUCUGUCUCAGAGUGGAAGACCUGCUGGUCCCAUGUUUAACCAAACUAGCAUAGGCAGGUACAAUUAGUCAGUCGUCUUAUUCUGUAGUAACUCAGCAAUAAAGGGAGCUGUGGGGAAGCCAGGCUUAAAACUCCAAUCUUUCAUGUGCUUUUCAAUGCUGCUGUUGCUAGAGGACCAUGCCUGUGUAUCUCAGUCCCACCAGCGGGACACACCGCUGCACCGCUGUCGCACACUAGUGUUCCUCCUCUCCUUGUAGUGGUGUUUGUCGGUGCUGUUCAUGUAACCCAUUGAACCCCAAAUUUGGUCAUUGUUUAAGCCCGUGGAAAUUGCCACUUGGCAUGCAAAUAGAUGACCCGAUUCAGGCUAGGUGAAAGAUGAUCAGCGUGUUUGGUGUGGCGGUAUCAAAGGAUUUAUGCCGAGUGGCAGAAGUCCAGGCAAUUCCUUGUUCAAACAAUCAGAGGCCCAUAUGUCAGCCACUCCAUUUUGGGCCCCUUUAAGCCCGUGGCAGAGUCAUCCCACACACAGGGAGCAAGGUGCCCAGCAUCUGCUCUUACCAUUUUAGACACCUCUCGUCUUUAAAUAGCGGUGCCUGCAUUUAUAGAGCUUCAACCAAACAGAGGUCAACGGCAGGUGCAGAGAGGGAGUGGUGGCACUUCACACACUGGGUUUAUUUUCAACCCAGCAGGAGGUUGUUGUCUGCACGGCCUCCCUCCAGGAGUACGGUAGACACGUGGAACACUUCUUCUUGACCUCAUGUUGACACAGUGGCCGGUGCAGAGUAACACCCUUCCCACCGGCCAGGAGGCAGGCAGGCAUCUGCGAGGAGAUCUCCGGCUGCCCGGGCAUAAACAUGUGAAUAGCUAUGCAAGAAACAAAAGUGUCAGCACGCUCCUGAGGGUAACAGCAACCCAACAGUGUGUCAGUACAAGGUGUGAUCUGUGCUUGGAGAGAGAGAGAUCUCGUGCUCCCUUCUCCCCGUGUUUAGCUCCAUGUCCAUUACGCUGGGUGUGAGUAAUACUGCAGUCCAGUCCAGCAGAGCCGUGCCGCUUGUCUCCAAUGCGAGACAGAAUGUGUUGGAGGCGAACGCUUAUACUACUGAAGGACUUUAUGUGAUGUGAUAAAUUGUGGUGCUGUCACAAUAAUAUGAUACCGUGAUCAAAGGACACCCUGAUAUUGCAGUCGGGUAGAGUUGCCGCCAUGCUUGCGAUAUCAGUGGCUAGCACUGAUCCAGCGGCCGGCAUGCCUUUUAUACAGCAGCCUGAUUGGCCACGUAUACGUAAUGGAGGACGACUAGACCACUCCAGCACCCAAUCACCCCAACUUGAACUCGCCGCUGCCCAGUUAACAAGCUCCACUGUAGAGGGUGACAAUGUAACAUGAGUUAUUUUGCUGUUGUGCAAUGCAACAGGGACCAAUUCUGACUGGAACCAUGCUGAAAGCAUGCUUUUACUUAGAUUUGGGAGAAUUUGUAUGCUUUUAAGUGACAUAUUCUAAAUCCCUCUGAUAAAUGACUUUUUUUGCUUAUUCCAAUAAAGGUGCAGUAAAAAAUAAGAAAAUUUUUGCAGGAAAUCGUUACAACUAGAAUUUUGUAGUGGCCCUAAGAUGAUCAGCCAUAAUAAUCUUAAUAAUGAAUCCUCUCAUCUCCUUUUUUUCCUUUUUACCUUGCAAUAUGCACUGUGUUAAGUAAAAGAGAACAUGUCUUACAUUGCAAGCUGAGUCGAAGUGUGUAAAUAUAUCAGUGUCAAUUCAGUAGGUUGCCGAAAUACCAUUGAAAAUGAAGUAUGCAGCGCCCUGCUGACUACUACCUCAUUAUCAUAUUGUCAAUAUUUCUCUGAUCCGACACGUUCUGCUCUUUAUCAUCCUCACACAUCUGUGACACACCUGAGCCAUCCAUGUUUCUAUCUUAAAACCGUUCCUCUCCCUCAGCGCUCCUGCCAAAAUAUUUGUAAUUGUAGUUACUGAUCUUCUCUUUCCACUCAUUCUUCAUGAUCUGUUUGUAAAGGUUAAAGCAUGCUUCAUGUUGACCACAUGACUUGGCCAUCAGUGGGUGCGACCCCCAUUUUGGUUACUAAGCGGGUAUGUGUUUUUAUGAACAUCAAUGUGUCAGAAUUGGUCCCUUGAUGAUAAAUUGCUGACAGGGGCAGGUAACUGAUUUCCUGCUUCUGUGCUAUGACUAUUUAUGGUGUGAAAUAUAUCAUUUGGCAAUGGUGUACAUUGAUAUCUCUGAUCGUUGAAUCACCAAUAUCUGUGUAACUUUUACUGUUUUGAUUUUCAAAAAGGUAAAGGAUCAAUGAAUUAAAUACUA